AUGGAUUUCAUCAAGACCAGUUCCCUGCGUGCUCUGAUUGAGUUAACUUUCCAACGCAACUGGAACGGCCUAAUUUGGAUGAGUAGAAAAGGAGUUACCAAAAGAGUGGAGACUGUCCAGACGGCUCUAUCGAGAAUCAGCGCCCAACCGCGCAGUCCGGCUGGCCGAGGAACGCAUGUUCCGCGCUCGGCCAAAACUGUGUCCGUCCGUCUGAAGUCUCGGCCAAAUGUCCAAAGCCGCGCGCAACUCGUCUCACGUACCGCGCACGAACACUCCGUCCGACCCGGGGAACUACGCCUCGCGUCCGGCCGAGAUAUUUCAUCGGCCAAACCUAUAUCCACUCGACCACGCCGGCCGACCGUGAAUCCGUCCGACCCCGACCGUUCCGACUCGGCCACAACCCGAUUGUCCGGCCGAUCGUCCCGACCGACCGUCCCAACGCCGCGGUCGACCCGAAGCCCUUUUUGA